AUGGUGCCGAUGCGCCUGUUGUUCGCGGCCCUCGUGGCCUUUCUCGCUUUCGCGGUCGGCUCGCCGACCACAAUCUCGGCACUCCUGGGAGCGCCCCCGGCGGCCUCCUCCGCCUUCUCUGUCGUCCUCGCGGCGGCUUUCUCUCUGGUCGCCGCGAUGGCGACCACGACUCUCGCUCGCGGCCUCGGCCGCUCUCGGUUCUCGCUCCGGGCACUGGCAUCGCUCGCCAUGCCCGCCCUUCUCCUCUCGGCCGUCCUCUUCGUCGGCCCUGCUUCUGCGGCUCCGUGGAGCACUGACCUCUGCGUCAGGCCCACGUCGGUUGGUGCGUCCUCCGAGGGCGCACCGUUCACCCUCCUCGCGGAGGCCGGCUCUUCCGUCCGGAUGUUGCGACUCUUCCGCAACAACGGUCGGGAUGGCUACCUCCGUGGUCUGGUUGUCGUCUUCUCGGACGGCACCGAAAUGCGCGCCGGCGUCCGCAAAGACCAAUUUGCGGAGCUGACUCUGGAGGACGAUGAGGUCAUCACCGGGAUGACCUUGUGGUCCUUCACGCCACGCCACCGGUGGACCAAGUCCGCCAAAUCGGGUCCCCGUGUCGGCCGCAUCGACGUGUCGACAAACCAGCGCUCGUGGGGUUACGGCGUUGACAGCACGGCCAAGCUAUCCAGCAAGGCUGUCAACGUCGGCUCCGGGUUGCUGGUCGGUUUCCAGGGUCGCGCCGGCGAUGACCUGGACCAGGUUGCCCCCGUCUUCCUCCGGACUCUGGAGAGCUCCGUCGUCGACGACAUCGUCUUCGACAAGCCCGCCGGUUCCGAGGGACUUCGCCUGGUGACCCUCCGAGAGGGCACCGCCGUCUUUGCCGGAACGCCAUACUCGUGGCAGUUUUCCGGCUCCGAAUCCCGGGACGCCUCGACGGCCUUCGCCAGCUCGACAACGAACGCGCUGACGAUCGGGACGACGUUCAAGGGUGCCGCGCUCCCCGCCAUCAUCGACGGGGGCAUCGAGGCCUCUUGGACCUUCACCGCCGGCACGACGAUCACCCGGACCCUCGACCGUUCGGCCACUCUGUCGUGGAGCACGUCCAUCGACAUCAGCGAGAGUAAUCCCGCUGUGACGUGCUCAGCCAUGGUUUGGGAAGGUCACCUCCGGCUCCGCUGGACGGGGACCCAGACCGUGGUUGCUGGUGGUGCCGUUUCGUCUUUCCCUGCGACGGGGAUCCUCAACCACGUCGCCUACGGAAAGGUCGAGACGUCCUGCCGUCCCGCCGCCGCCGUUUCGUCGUCGUCCUCCCGCCGCGUCCGCCGCGCCUUCGCGGCUUAG